CAGGCAGUGGUUGCAACAUCGCCGCGGAGGCUGCGAGAGAAGCUGACAGCGCGGAGCUGGCGCUGCCGAGCGCAGGAAGCCGUGCCGGUUCCUUCAGCCGGCGUCUGCGAGGACAGUGGCUUCUGACCCGCUCGGGUUAGGGGAUUUGCACAGACGUGAAGCAAUGCUUGUGAUUCUGCGGCUCCUCAAAGGCCCCUAGAAGCCUGUUUCUCAGUGCUGUCCAGGACCUCCAGCCCCAUGGAGCCCCCGAUCCCACAGACCGCCCCCUUGACUCCCAGCUCAGUCAUGGUCCAGCCCCUUCUCGACAGCCGCGUGCCCCACAGCCGGCUCCAGCACCCACUCACCAUCCUCCCCAUCGACCAGAUGAAGACCAGCCACGUGGAGAACGACUACAUCGACAAUCCUGGCCUGGCGCCCCCCACCGGCCCCAAGCGGACCCGGGGUGGCGCCCCGGAGCCGGCCUCCACGCCUGCCCGCUGUGACCAGGACGUCACCCACCACUGGAUCUCCUUCAGUGGCCGCCCCAGCUCCGUGAGCAGCAGCAGCAGCACGUCCUCCGACCAGAGGCUCUUAGACCACAUGGCGCCGCCCCCCGUGGCUGACCAGGCCUCCCCGAGGGCUGUGCGCAUCCAGCCCAAGGCCAUCCACUGCAAGCCGCUGGACCUCAAGGGGCCCGCAGCGCCCCCCGAGCUGGACAAGCACUUCCUGCUGUGCGAGGCCUGCGGGAAGUGCAAGUGCAAGGAGUGCGCGGCGCCCCGGACGUUGCCCUCGUGCUGGGUCUGCAACCAGGAGUGCCUGUGCUCCGCCCAGACCCUGGUCAACUACGGCACCUGCAUGUGCCUGGUGCAAGGGGUCUUCUACCACUGCACCAACGAGGACGAUGAGGGCUCCUGCGCCGACCACCCCUGCUCCUGCUCCCGCUCCAACUGCUGCGCCCGCUGGUCCUUCAUGGGCGCCCUCUCCCUGGUGCUGCCCUGCCUGCUCUGCUACCUGCCCGCCACCGGCUGCGUGAAGCUGGCCCAGCGCGGCUACGACCGCUUGCGCCGCCCCGGCUGCCGCUGCAAGCACACGAACAGCGUCAUCUGCAAGGCGGCCGCUGGCGAAGCCCAGGCCAGCAGACCCGACAAGCCUUUCUGACAUUUGGGUCAAAGCCCCACGCGCUCCCCUGGGAACUGGGUUCCCUCCUGACACCUGAGAAGACUGCAGCGAGGCCAGAGGUUCUGGCAUCAGAGGUGACCUUGCCAGGCUGCCACCCCAGCUUCGGAAGAAACAGAGACUCCCCCCCUCACCCACUGUCUUCCCCAAGAGGAAGCAGCAGCACUGUGGGUUUUCUGCGGGUCCUGGAACUUGGUGUGAAACAGACAGCGGCAGGGGCAUGGUGUGCUUCGGGGUGGUGGGGGGAAGGUUCUUCUUUUCCAGAAGACAGAUGUGGCCACACAGCCGGAAGUUGCAGCUGCUUGACUGCCUUCCCAGCUCUCCCGCCUCCUUCCCUGCCUCCCCCCUUUCCCAUUCUUUUUAGCUGCCUGGGAGGAACCCGUAACAGAGUGGCCAAGGGACCUUUGAAGACAACCGUGCAGUCUUGAUGGCUGUAUCUUUUCUCCUCCCCGACCCCACGGCUUGCCUGACAUCCUGGGGAAGGUGUGGACCCUGGCUGGCAGUCCCUGUUGUAUAUACUUGGGAGCCCUCGACAAGAGAGGUCGGCCAGCGAGUCCAGGCCUCGCUCCCUCUCUCUGUCUCCCGGAGCCUCGGAUGGAUUCAGGAGCCACUACACAGAGCACCUCUCCCUUCCAACUCCAUCCCUCGUGGGGUUGUUGCGCUCUUAACACCGUCCUGCGUUUCUCACUGGGUCACAGACUCGCCUGCCUGCUUCUUGUCCUGAGUUCUCUCCACCCAGAUCCUUCCCAGAAACUUGAUGGGUCGAGAAGCCCAGUGCGGCGAAUGCAAGACCAAAUACCAUUUUGCCAAUGAGUCUGAGGCUGUGGUCUCUAGACCCGGUCAUUGUGUUUUUAUAGAGUCAUUAAACCAGAUGCUAACGGUGUUUUAGAAAAUAAU